AUGUCGAGGCAUGGUUCGGUUCUGACCCAAGCUCCUGUGGAAGUAGAACGCCGGAGAAGUGUAUUUUCGGUGCGAAAUAUUUUCCGGUCAGGCGCUCCCGAAAAGCCAAUCAACAGGAGGGACACAAACUCCUCGUCGGGCACUGUAUAUUCGGCGGAAAGUGGCGAUACUGAAAUCACAAUCCCCAUUUCAGAAAUUGAGCCAAGAGACAAAGGUCCGGACAUUGCACCAUUGCCUGUUAAUGAAACCUCGGCACCCGAUAGUGCACAGCUCCUGAGAGAGGCUGCGAGAACCAGCCAACAGUUCCCAGCGUGCUCUCCACACAUCUAUCAACACCAGGGACGAAAAAAGGCCAAGCCAUGGUUCGGAAAGCCGUGGGAGGUGAGAGUACCAGAUAUCCUCGAGAAGAAAUGGAGCGAGACUGGCGGCAUCAAAGAGAGACUGGACCUGGACUUGGAGCCAACGCGGAUCCAACUGACACGAAAGGCGUCGAAGCGUAAAUGCCGACGGUCGGAGCGCGAAUUCAACGCUGAGCUGCGCAUGUCCGGCGUCCUGGAUCCUCUUCACCCGCAUACCAUCACCCUUUCACCGCAUGUUUGGAUAUUUUGUGGCAGUGAGUGGGCUUUGAAGGUUGUGGAGAAGGCCUUAAGGUCCAUCUCAUGGAUCGAAGGGUUUCUUAAUCGACCAGUCGAAUUCUGCAUUGGAGGAAUCGAGCUGUGUGCCUUGGAGACUGUUAUCCCGUUGGAGCAACUUCAAAAAAAUGCGGUAUCAAGUUCUAGCCUGCGCUAUAGAGGGGGAUAUGUUCUUUUUCAUCUUGCUGAGCCCCAUCCCGGCUUUACCUCCCUAUCAGCCUGUGGCUGGCUAUGCUGCGCUACUUAUUUCAAAGAUAAUGUUGUGCGAAGUCAGCGCCUAUCUAGGAUCGGAGGAAUUCUGACGUCUGAAAUUCUGGACGAGUGCCAGAAACACCACCUUGGUACCAUCUUGACGGUGGCACAUGGACUGCUAGACGAAGAGGAGGAUGAUCUGGAUGAAGCGUACUCUUCAUACAGUGACUUUUUCUCAAGCGAUUCGGGAUCUGAUUCUGAAGAUGGCUAUGACAGCGAGGAGAGCACAAUGAUGGAGCAAUUGCCUGGCCCUGCUCCGCGCUUGGGGCUACUCGAUCCUUCCGAGCUUGUUUCGCGGUGGAUUCCAUUUGACGAGGUCUGGGGCAUCAACUGCUUUGGAAAGAUUGUUCACAAUGAACAACCUCCGAGGGAUACUCCAAACAGUAGAAGCGACUAUGCCCUCUUAAGGUCUCAUACGCUGCAGAACCUUCCUAAUAUCUACGCAACCCAGUCUAUAGCACAGGAAGCUGGCAGUUCGAAGGCGAUAACCACAUAUUGUCCAAACUCAGAAAUGCAAGAUGGCCGUGUUUGCAUAAUUCUAGGACUUGGUCAAGUGGAGGAAGCAUGGCUCCUACCUGGUUUUCGAACGAUACACCUAGAAGGGAGACAAGUAACCGUCAGAAAGCUGCAGCUCCGGCUGCCCUUAGCUCAGGGCACGUCCGGAUCGUGGGUUGUGAAAGAUCAUACAUGGUAUGGAAUGGUCGUUGCUGCUUAUGCAGGAGAGCCAUUGGCAGUUUUCAUCACUGCUGAGGAUAUUUUGACCGACAUGAAAUCGUCAUUUCCAUGGCCAGGGGAAAGCACUCUUGGCCGUUCGGAAAUUAGGAGCGAGGAUAAAUCUUCUCGGACUGAGAGCUUGAAAGUUGCACCCCGGAUUAAUCGGAUUAAUGAGGACUAUCAAAAUCACUCGGAUGUAGCUGUUCCCUUAACCGCAGCAGGGAAAACAAUGGCCGCAAAGACGAAUCAUUUAAUACAGAGAUCUAAGGGACGACUUUUCUGCUCGCCUUCUCCCUGGCCAUCACCAACAAAGCCCCUUCCAGCACCUCCGCCGAAGAAGUCAUCACCACCGAAACCAGUCGAAAAUGUCCAUACCAACCCUACAGCUGCAGAUGAUGAUAUGUGUCACCUAAUUAGCACGCCUUACUCCUUUGCAGCACCAAAGUUCCGCCAUGGCAAUAUUCCAUUCAACAAGUCGCUACUCAGCGAUAGACAACUAAAUAUGGUUGAUACUCUUGACUGGACGGCCUAUGAAGUAGCCAUGCUUUGGUCAGAAGAUCAUGAUUUGUAUGACCACCAACGCAAUGGAGAGGAAAAUAAAGAGGACUUCAUGGAUUGGUUUGAUUCAUUUGGGUUCCAGUCUCAUGGAAGCCUUGUACCUGAGAUGAGUCGACAAAAACGAAGCCCAUCAAACCACUCAACCGCUGCCUCUACAAGUGAGUCGGUGCCCCUUGAUGAUACCCCUAUCGACUAUGAUGGGAAUGAGGAUGAGCUUUCCGAUAUAAGCGACUUGGAAGAAGUUUUUCAGCCCGACGAGAAUCCCGGCGAGGGUCUUGCUGAAACUCGUCCUGGGCAGCUCUCACCUAAAAACCCCAACUUUUACGACAUCCCGAAGGCAAUAUAUGCAGGAUUCAAACGGCUGCAGCCAGAAAUGGGCCCGGCUAUCCAAGCUGACGUGGACAAUGUGUACAUGGAUGAAGAUCAACGGCCAGAGUGGUACAAUCCCCACGAUGUAUAUGAUUUCCUUGACUGGGAGAGAAGAUAUCUGCAGGUACCGACAGCAGCGGCAGCACCGUGUGCUCAGUAA